AUGGCCUUACGGAGCUAUGGCGCUUGUGUCCUCUGUCAGAAGGUGUCUGUCGUGAGGAUGAUCUACAGGGGAGUGAACGAAGCUGCACACCCACAGCCCCAGGUAGAUUUCCUUAAAGGACAAAUACACAAGAAGCACCCAGGUGUGACCAACCUGAAAAAUCUGCGCCUACCUGAAGAACUCCAGAUGGCUGCCAGGUCGAUUAUUCGUGGAGCUCAGGUGAAUCGGUUAACUGAACGCGCUCAAAGCCUCACAAACUUCCUGUGGAGCAGAAAACGAGCAGUCGACAGUCCGACUCUGAGGAAGAAAGCCGUGAGCCUGGAGAGGCAGCUCUGGGAGAAAGCGAUGGAGAAGAGAGGAGAUGUAGAUGAACAAGCACUGGCGGACCGCAUCAGGACAAGAGUGUUUUCAGAGCUGAGAAGAUCCACAUAUCACUGGACUCCCAUGAAGUACGAUGAAGAGUUAGGUGUGGUGUACAUGGCGGCUCGGAUGGCUGGAUGCUAUGCAGCAGUGAGGAGAGCUAUGAAUGAGAUAAAGAAGAGGGAUCCGUCUUUUGCUCCGCACUCUCUCCUGGACUUUGGUUCAGGGCUGGGAACAGUUGUCUGGGCGUCACACUCGUACUGGGGCGACACUUUAAAGGAGAUGGUGUGUGUGGACAGCUCUGGGCCAAUGAACAUUCUCGCAGAGCGACUUCUCAAAGGCGAUGAUGAGCAGGCUGAACCUCACAUCAAACAUGUCUAUUUCAGACAGUUCCUCCCCGUCUCUCCGAAGGUGCAGUUUGACUUGGUGGUCGCGGCCUUCACCCUCUCAGAGCUUCCCAGUGUGAAGGAGCGAGAAGACGUCGUGCUCACUCUGUGGAGAAAGACAAGCUCGUAUCUGGUUCUGGUGGAAAACGGGACCAGAGAGGGCCAUCAGAUGCUUAUGGAGGCCAGAGACACUUUAUUAACGAAACAGGAGCAGACCCUUCAUGACACCAGAGCAGCGUCCGUGUUUGCUCCAUGUCCUCAUGAAGCGAUGUGUCCUAAACUGGCCGUUGAACACGUCACCCCUUGCAACUUCCGGCAGCUGUACCAACCUCUGCCAAAGCCUGGGCACAGUGAUCAAGCGGUAGAGAUGUUCAGCUACCUGAUUCUGACCCGGACAGGGCCAGCAGAGGCAGAAACGGAGGGCGUGAACUGGGCCAGGCUGAUCGCACCUGUGCAGCGCAGAACAAGACAUGUCCACUGUCGACUGUGCAGCCCAGACGGACAACUACAACACCUGGUGGUGACGGCACGAAAGCACAGCAGAGAUAUCUACCGCUGUGCUCGGAGCAGCGACUGGGGAGAUCAAGUGCCAAUAAUUCCAGAAGUCGAUGAUGUCGAUGAUGACAUCCAGACUGAUUCAGAGUGACGAUUCAGCGAAAAACAGAGCAAAGAGACUCAUUCUUCAGACUUCUGAAAUAACGAAAACUGCCGUCAAAGGACUCAUCGGCUUCAACAGAAGCUUUCUGUUUCCUUACUGGAACUGUUAAAAUAUUGACUCACUUCAAUAAAAAAGUACUUUACCCAG